CUCACUAUCUUCUUUUAUUUUCUAUGUAAAGGAAGCCUUUCCACCAAACAUCGCUCUUCUCUUUUAGCUCAUGGCUUCCGCCGUCGUCAUUUCCAUCCUCCUUCUCCUCUCGUCCUCCGCCCUUGCUGCCGUCUCCGCCGUUCCCUAUUUGAACGUCCUCACCCUCUCCAGGCAAUCUGGGGCCGUCCCCGGCCGCAGCGAUGAGGAGGUGAGAAUACUCUACCUGGAGUGGAGGGUCAAGCAUCGCCACUCCCAAAAAUCCCUAGAUCUGGACGAAUACCGGUUCGAGGUCUUCAAGGAGAACCUCCGGUUCGUGGAUGAGCACAAUACAGCGGCCAACCGCGGGGAGCACACCUUUCGCCUCGGGAUGAACCAGUUCGCCGACCUCACCAACGAGGAGUACCGUGCCAGGUUCCUCAGGGACUUCUCCAGGAUUAGGAGAUCCACGCCCCAGAAUAUCAGCAGCAGGUACCGGUUGAGAGAAGGGGACGAUCUGCCCGAUUCCAUCGAUUGGAGGCAGAAGGGCGCCGUCGCCGCCGUAAAGAAUCAGGGCAAUUGUGGAAGUUGUUGGGCGUUCUCUGCAAUUGCUGCUGUCGAAGGUAUCAACCAAAUCGUCACCGGUAAUCUGAUUUCGCUGUCGGAACAGGAAUUAGUGGACUGUACUAUCGACAACCAUGGCUGCAGUGGUGGAUGGAUGAACGUUGCGUUCCAGUUCAUCAUUAACAAUGGUGGCAUUAACAGUGAGGAGAACUACCCGUACACGGGGCAAAAUGGGAUUUGCAAUACCACCAAGGAAAAUGCUCAUGUUGUGUCAAUUGAUUCGUAUCAGAAUGUUCCUUCCAACGAUGAGAAGUCUCUCCAGAAGACGGUGGCAAAUCAACCAGUUAGUGUGACUGUGGAUGCUGUUGGACGCGAUUUCCAACUUUAUGAUUCGGGAAUAUUCACCGGAAGCUGUAAUAUUUCAUCAAAUCAUGCUAUGACCAUAGUAGGCUAUGGUACUGAAAAUGGUAAGGACUACUGGAUUGUGAAGAACUCAUGGGGUGUAACCUGGGGAGAGUCUGGCUACAUCCGAAUGGAAAGGAACAUUGCAAACUCUACUGGCAAAUGUGGUAUUGCAAGGUUUGCUUCUUACCCCGUAAAAAUAGGGGCCAGCCUGCACAACAACCCUGCUGCAGUGCCGCUGCUGCCUCUUCCUCUGCGCCUUCCCUCGUCGAGCCUCUUACCGCUUGCGAUAACAACUACACCUGCCCCAGCAGCACCACAUGCUGCUGCAUCUACGAGCAGGACAAUCGCUGCUUCAUUUGGGAGUUCUGUCCGCUCGAGGGUGCCACCUGCUGCGACGACCACUUCGGCUGCUGUCCCCAAGACUACCCAGUCUGCAGCAUCUCAAACUGCCUAAUGCAAGAACAGUCCUCUCCGGGUGAAGGCUUUGACGCACUGCUGUCAUUCCCAACUGGGUUUUAACUGGCUCAGGUGGUCUCAAUAGCAGUGCAUGAUCAGACUAUAAGCAUUAACUCGCUAUGAUAUGUAAGUUAAUUUUUAACGGAUACUAAGGUAAAAUAUUCUAUUUAUUUGUCUGUAUUUUACUGUAGGAUAGACAAUAGAUAUCACCUCAGAGUGUGCGAUAUUAUCUCUAAUAGAUUUGGAUUUAAGUUGAAUGAUAAUAAUAUUACAUCCCUUGUGAUGUAAAUUAUUCAUGUGAA